AUGGCGGACGAAGAGAAAGAUAAGGCGGAGAAGAUGGCGGCGGCGAAGAAGCGCGUCGAGCAAUUGAAGAAGCAAAGAGCAAAGAAAGCCGGCGGAAAGAAGAAGGAAGACAAGACUGAGAUUCUUGCUGAAGCCGAAACCGAAGCCGAAGCAUCGACCGAUGCGCCAACUACCGAGAUCCAGCCUGAACAAAUCGAACCUGAGCCUGUCGAAGCAACAACCGUAUCGGAGCCGCCCCCAGAAGACGAUGACGAGCCCUCCGAGCUAGCCGUACCCAAGUCGUCGCACGGACGCAAGCCUUCAGUCGCAGUUGAGUCGCGACAACGAUCCGAGUCUUUCUAUCGCUCAGGAGCUGCUGCUGGACCUCUGUCGCCUGGUGCUGGGAUCACGAGUGAGGUUUACAGGGAACAGGCGCUGAAAAUCGAGGAGCUAGAAAGGGAGAAUAAGCGGCUCGCAGGUGAAGUUGAGGAAAGUCAAAGCAGAUGGAAGAAGGGCGAGGAGGAGCUAGAGGAGCUCAGGGAGGGGAGGGGAGAUGUUGCGCUUGCGGUUGAGAAGGGCAAGGAGGCUGACAAGCUGAAAGCAGAGGUCGAAUCGCUGAAGAGACAAUUAUCACAAGCACAGUCGCAAAGCAACAAAUCCUCACGCCGUACGGCCACCGCAUCACCGAGCCAGAGCGCAUCCGUUGACGAUCUGAACGCACAAGUCGCUUCCAAAUCCGCAACCAUUGAGUCACUCGAGCUGGAGAUAUCCAAUGUCAACAGGCAGUUGUCAGAACAAACGAGCAAGAAUAAUGAGCUCCAGUCCAAGAUCUCAAGCCUUGAAUCCGCAGUACAAAAAGCGGAGCAAGAGGCAGCUUCAACGAAGACUGAGCUGGAGGAGCUCAAGGCGAGUUUGGACAAGGCAGGCGAUCAGGCAGAGAAGGAUGGCUCAGACCGCGACUCUGCGCAAACACGCAUUGCGCAACUAGAGGCCGAGCUGGGCACCGCAAAUCGCAAGGCUUCAGACUCCAUUUCGCGCGCCGAGUUGCUCGAGAAGAAGAUUGAGACUCUUACACAACUACACCGCGACAACGAUGCCCGGAACCAGACACGCUUGCAAGAACAUAAGAAGGUGGAGCGCGAGGCAACCGAAAUGCGGACUCGCAUCACCGGUCUCAGCAACGAGAAUGCCCGCUUACGAGAAGCAGAGCAGCGUCGUCGCAAAGCAGACCUGGGCUCAAUCGAAGAUUCGAGUGUUCAAGAGUUACUAGACGAAGAGCGCGACCGUCUCCUUGCCAAAGUCCGCGAACUCGAGGAAGAAAACUUUGAACUGCGCCGGGGUGUAUGGCGCGACCGUCGCCGCGACAUGCAGCCUUCUAUUGACGGCCAACCAGACGCCUACAACAGUUUCGACGACGUCGACCUCUCCGGCGCGCCGUCUCGUCAAGCCCUCCCCAACCGCACACACUCCUCCUUCCAAGACGUCAUCCAAUCCGGCAUCUCAGCUUUCACCGGCCAAACCCCCGCACAUCGGCGAAGCGACGCGGCUAGUAAGACGAAGCCCCGGCAAGAGAGCUUGGGCAGCCUCGACGAGUUUGAGAUUGAUGAGGAAGCGUUCAGGUUGGCACAGGAACAGGAGGCGAAGAACAGGCUGGAGAGGGUCAAGGAAGUUAAGAGAGGAUUGGUGCAGUUCAAGGGGUGGAGACCAGAUUUCGUGGAUGUCAGAGUGGGCAUGGGUGGUGUUUUUGAGAUUUGA